GAGCACGUGACAGAGUGGAUUCCCAGUUCCGUCAUGGCUGCAGCACCGCAACCUGUCUACUGGCUGGGUAAUGACACCCUGAGGGUGUCUGCUGCCCUUUUUGCUGAGAACCGUCGCCGACUGUGCCAGGGGCUGAAAGCCAAAGAUGGAGUGGUGUCAAAGUCAGUGGUGGUGCUGCAGGGGGGAGAGCAGAAGCAGAGGCACUGCACCGACACGGACCUCCUCUUCAGGCAGGAGUCUUUCUUCCACUGGGCUUUUGGAGUGACUGAGGCUGACUGCUAUGGAGCCAUUGAUGUGGACUCUGGAAAAUCCAUUCUUUUUGUUCCUAAACUGCCUGAAAGCUAUGCUACUUGGAUGGGAGAGAUCUUUCCUAAAGAGCACUUCAAGGAGAAGUACGCUGUUGAUGAGGUUCAAUACACCGGUGACAUUGCUGAUGUCCUGUCCAACCUGAAGCCGGCAGUUCUCCUCACACUGCGAGGACUGAACACAGACAGUGGGAGCAUCUGCCGUGAAGCCUCCUUUGAAGGAAUUAGUCGUUUCCAAGUGAACAACACUCUUGUACACCCAGUCAUUGUGGAAUGCCGCCUCGUAAAGACGGAUAUGGAGCUGGAGGUUCUGCGCUACACCAACAGGAUUUCCAGUGAUGCCCACAAAAUGAUCAUGAAGCAGGUGAAACCUGGACAAAAAGAAUAUGAAAUGGAGAGUCUGUUCCAGCACUACUGCUACACCAAAGGAGGGAUGCGCCACACCUCGUACACCUGCAUCUGUGGAACGGGCAACAACUCCUCUGUCCUCCACUACGGCCACGCUGGGGCUCCCAAUGACAAGACGAUUAUGGAUGGAGACAUGUGUCUGUUCGACAUGGGUGGAGAGUACUACUGCUACUCCUCAGACAUCACCUGCUCCUUCCCAGCCAACGGCAAGUUCACUGCCGACCAGAGGGCCAUCUACGAGGCCGUCCUAAAAUCCUCCCGCGCCGUCCUGGCUGCCAUCAAACCAGGUGUGAAGUGGUCCGACAUGCACCGCCUGGCCGACAGGGUUCACCUGGAGGAGCUCGUGAAGAUCGGCAUCCUGCACGGCAACGUGGACGACAUGGUGAAGAUCCACCUGGGUUCCGUCUUCAUGCCCCACGGCCUGGGACACCUGCUGGGCAUCGACGUGCACGACGUGGGAGGCUACCCUGAGGGGGUGGAGCGUAUUGACGAGCCAGGACUGAGGAGUCUUCGGAUGGGACGUCUGGUGCAGGAGCGGAUGGUCCUCACCGUGGAGCCUGGCAUAUACUUUAUCAACCACCUGUUGAACCAGGCCCUGGCCAACCCUGCCCAGAGCUGCUUCAUCAACAACCAAGUGCUGGCUCGCUUCCGCGGCUUCGGAGGGGUUCGCAUUGAAGACGACAUCGCAGUGACAGCGGACGGCAUCGAGCUGCUGACCUGCGUCCCUCGCACAGUGGAGGAGAUCGAGGCUUUCAUGGCCGACCCUGGGAAACCCUUCAGCCCAGUAGUCAGCAGUGAGAAGUUCUGAAUGUUCACCAUCAGUAGCGUCUGAGCUGCUUGCUGCAGCCCUGCAACUACCACAGUUGAACUCAAGUCCUUCACUCUCUCUCUCAUGUAUCACUCCUACAACAAAUUCACAGUGAAUAUAAUCACAUGAAAAGCUUCAUGCAGUAUCUUCAGAAAGCGCUCAUGAUGAUGUUAAAAACAUUUCAUUCUGAUCAGAGCAACAGUCACUUUAAGGGACAAGCUGUAUAUUCAUCUAUAGACUGUUCUGUGCCUCCUGCAAAAGCUUAAUUUUAUAAUUUUUCUAACAAUAAUUCCUAUUCUUAUAUGUUUCGCUUCAAGUAUUGACAAAAAAAAGCUGUGAAUUUGAAAUAAACGUUUUAAUUUGCAA